UAAGCAAAACUCUAUUCGAAGAGGAUUUUUUUCUUCUUCUAAAGACCAAAAAAAAAAACAUCAAAACAUGAACUCAAUGUCUAUCCCUUGUGAAUGUGUUCUGUUUCUUCUGAUCACCACUUUGUCUUCAUCAUCUUCAUCGUCUUCUGUCCACUUCAACUCUACGACAAUCCUCAAUGUUACGUCACACCAUUCCUUGGACCAAUCCCUCGAGAGUUUCGCCCUCAGGGCCUUAACCGGCCGGCACCAUAACCAUACCGGUGCUCUGUACCGGGCAAACUUACCGGGAAAUCUCUCCGGCAUCGAGGUCUCCGUCGUCCGCCUCACCGGGAAAACCCUUUGGAACUCCGGAGCUAAGUUCAGCGACUUUGUAAUACCGGCGAGGUCAGUUUCGGUUCCUCCAGCGAGAAGAGUAGCUGUAGUGUAUCGAGAUCUGGGAAACUGGUCUAACCAUUGGUAUACGGUUUCCGGUUACCGGUUAGUGACUUCGGUUUUGGGAUUCAGGGUUUUGGAUGUGUCGGAUUCAGACAAUGUCAGAGAGAUCAGUCUCAGGACAGAGAAGCCGAUAGAAGUUAAGUUUGAGGAGUUGGCCGAGGACCCAGAUGAGAAAAUGCUGGCUAGAGUCAGAUGCGUGAGCUACAAAUCACAGAGCGGCGAACCGGUUUACAUGAGCCGAAUGCGGUUGCCAGGUGUGUGUUACGGCUCCCGCCAUGGCGAUUAUUCGGUGGUUGAGCCAUUGGAAGGGAAUGAGAAGGAGAAGAAGAAUCGUGGGUUAAGGUGGUUGUGGGCAAUCGGGCUCGUGUUAGGGUUAGGAAUGCUAGGGUUUAUAGGGUAUGUGGUGGUAAUGGGGAUUAGGGUUUUGAGAUCGAAGAAGAUUCAAGUGAUGGAGAGGGAAGCAGAUGAUGGCGAAGUCUUUCAAAGCAGAUGGGUCGGUGGAAGUAAAAUGCCUUCUGCAGCUGUCACAAGAACUCUGCCUGAAUCUGCCAUUGAAACCGCUUAAGUUCUAUAUACGAUGUCUGUAUGAACAAAGCUCUUCACUUUUUUGAGAUUAUAUAUCAGUUUUUGAAGCACUUAAAAAAAAAACCGUAUACUCAGUUCUAGGGUUCUUCAGCAGUCAGUCCUUACAGCUCUGCUCCAAGCACUGGAUCACGUCUCCGACCAUGAAGUCGUUCCAAUCACCGAUCACAAAGCCCGCACUCGUUGCCCUUCCUGACAUGAACCACGUCCUGUUUUCAAGAAGGAGGACGGUCCCCUAAAUGAUCGGCUCCUCAGUAGCCUCAUGGCGGCAGCUCAGCUGACUCGGCCCUCAGUCACUCGGCAGCCUUCUCCACGUUCCAUUUCCCGACGUCUUCUAGUAGAAGGUAGCCUUCUCCACGAUCAAUGUUUCCGCCCACCUCGUCCAACUGUAAGUCCUCUCCGAUGCAAGCUGAAACUCGACUGUCUCUGGAUUCUCCCCCUGGUUCAUCGCAUUUAUUUAUGGCGACUAUGAUCGGUGAGAUUUUGGGGUACAGAGCACCGGUACUU